AGGCGGGAGGCAGAGCGGAACUUUUGACAGAAACUUGUCCAGUUUGCGCUGGUGACUGAUUGACAGCAAACGGCGCGGUUGUUGCUUCUCGAUAGUCGCUUUAAAUCCACGCGAGACGGUGAAAGUUAGCUCAGUUGUGUUUGCAGACCGAUUUGGCUAACCUUCGACCUAAGCUCUGCGUCAGUUUUCCGCAGUAACUUGACACUGCUAAGCUAACUUUUAGUAACCUCAUAUAUAAAUAAAUACAUAUCUAUUUUUAGCUAAACGGAUUCUCUGGGAUGGCUACAAGAAAACCGAAGGAAAGUGAUGCCAAUCUUCCCUUUGCUGCUCUCCAGCUGUUGGCCCCUCCCGUCCGCCUGGUGUCGGCGGCGCUCUGGAAGGUGCUAAAGCAGAGGGAUGUGAUGCAGUACGGGGUUGUGGAGGAGUUUGUGUCUUCGGCCUGCGAGACCGUUCCUGGCCUGCUCACCCAGCGACACCAGGGCAAGCUGGUGCUGGGCCUGAGAGCGCGGUUAAUAUUAGAGUUGUGUCUCAAACAGCCAGACGUUGACGUGAUUGCACCACAUCUGGAGAGGAUCCGCGUUCCUGCUCCUCCUUCGUCUGGAUCAGCCCCGAAGAAGGAUGUGAAAAUUCAGAGAACGGUGGAAAGUUUCCAUUUUUUCGUUCAAACGCUGUUAACAAAUAAAGCAGAGAGAGAACACUUCUUUAAAGAACAGUUUCCCACUGAUUAUGGCCCAAAGUUUGACCAGGAGCUGGAGAAGCUGUUGUGGGAAUUUCUGAUUCGACUAGACCAGUUGCUCCCGGUUCCCAACCUCGCCCAGACGGUGUCAUGGCUGUGUGACGCCCCUCCUGUCCUGGAGGAGUGUGCACAAGCAGCAACUCAGCCACAGCUUCUCAGGAUCUUACUCCAACAUCAGGCUUGUCUGGGUCACGUGGAGCCAGCAGCGUCUCUACCUCCAAACAUGGGCGACUCCAUCCUGGCUUCUCUCUCCCUGCCUCCAUCUGGAAAAGUCCCAUCGGAUCCGUCAUCCGCUGAGCGGACAAACUGCUCAAGGCCGGGUGCGACCACGCCAUCGGUCGCACCCGUAAUCGGACUCAUUUCCAGGGAAAAAGCCUCGCAAGGUGGUGAGAAAUCCAACUUGAAAGACGCAAGAGAUGAUCAACGGGAUCCAAAUGCGAAAUUCACCUUAGUCAAACAGAAACCCGAACUUGUUGGCGUGAGUGGAAGGAAACGCAAGCAACCAGACACAGCAGAAAGUGACUCUGAGGACGAAGUCAUAUCUGGAGAAAAAAGCAUCAACAGGAACCAGAAAACCAGAGAAAAAUCGCAAACUUCACAAAACAACGGCUACAAUAGAGAACUCCUAAAUAGACAUAUAAGUAAGCUGGGCAUCAAAAAGCUGCACCUGCCUGAAGAUCCGUCCAUUUGCUCCGUGUUUGCUUCCUGCCUGAGCAGCAAUCCCAGAGUCGUUAUCAAAAAGCUGUCAGUUUCUUCUGCUGGCGUCGGCUUGUCUGGAGGAGGGAAGUCCUUCUCUGAGGAGCAGCAGCAGCAGCAGCAGAAGUCCUCGACGUGGAAACAAGCAAGUGGCUGUCAAACGCCUGAAAGUCCUGGCCUGGAUGACAAAGAAAAUCAGCCGGUUUUAUCCAGUGGGAGCAGCUCGUCCUCCCAGCAGAGGACUCCUGCAGGAGACGACUACGUAGCGGAUUCUGAAGAUGAGGCGUCGAAGAACUUCAAAGGGAGGCUGUUCAUGAAGCGUUACUACAAGACCAAGCACGGCACAUACGUUCCCACCCUGAGGGAGUUCUGGAAACCCGGGGCGGCCCGACCGGACCUGCUGUCCGUUGGCAGAGAACACAGCAGAUAAGACAUUCAGUGUUUCACAGCCUGGAAACUAAAGCAUUACAUGAUGCGUGUUGUUUGACUUUUAUCCCACCUUCUGCUAAAUAAAUGAAACCGUCUGAAAUGCAGCUGUCACUGCAGUUUAGUCCGUUGCCAGCCAAUAAAAACUGUUUGACA